AUGGGCGAGAGAAUUACACCUGAGGCAUUCAAGCCUCGCAUGCUUAUCGAUGGUGAAUUGGUCGAGGCAUCAGACGGCAAUUCAUUCCCCCUCUACGACCCAGCAACAGGCGAAAAAGUAGCCGAUGUCCCCGAAGCUACAAAAGAUGAUACCAACAGAGCUGUCGCAGCCGCUGCCCGCGCAUUCCCAGAAUGGUCUGCCUUGGACCCCGCAAAGCGUGGCGCGUACUUGAAGAAACUCGCCGCUUUAAUCCGCGAGCACACCGAUGAACUGGCACUCCUCGAAGCCAAGUCUAUGGGCCGUCCUCUUUCCGAAUUCCUGGAAGGUCACAUCACUGCGGGGACUUAUGAGCAUUAUGCUGAGGCCUGGCCGCAUAUUCAGGGUCAGGCAAGUCUCAACACGCCUGGUUAUGUGACCAUGACUCUUCGACAGCCUUUUGGUGUUGUCGCGGCUAUUAUCCCUUGGAAUGCUUCACUCUUGUUCUUUGCUGGUAAAUCGGCUCCUGCACUUAUUACUGGUAACACAGUGGUUGUCAAGAGCAGCGAGAAAGCACCACUUGGAGCAGCAAAGUUUGCGGAACUUAUCCAGAAGGCGGGGUUUCCUCCUGGUGUUUUUAAUGUUAUUUCUGGCCACGGGAACCCUUCUGGUGCUACCCUUGCGUCUCACAUGGAUGUUCGAGCAAUCAGCUUUACUGGUUCCAGUCCCACUGGUCGCGGAAUUCAGGAGGCUGCUGCCAAGUCCAACUUGAAGAAGGUCAUUCUUGAACUUGGUGGAAAGUCGCCUGUCAUUAUAUUCGAAGACGCCGACCUUGAGCAGGCAGCCAAGGACACUAUGAAUAGCAUCCAGUGGAACAGCGGACAAGUCUGCAUGGCCAACUCUCGAGUCUAUGUGCAGGACUCCGUUGCAGAUAAGUUCAUUCAGGCUUGCAAAACAGCACUCGCUGCCGCCAAGGUUGGAAACCCGACUGAAGAGGGUGUCAAGCAAGGUCCCCAAGCCGACAAGGUUCAAUAUGAGAAAGUAUUAUCCUACAUCAACGAGGGCAAGAAAUCCGGCACUCUCGAACUCGGCGGAAAUGGUAACCUCGACAAAAUGGGCGGUUACUUUAUCGAGCCAACUAUCUUCCUUAACACUCCUGAAGACGCCAAAAUCAUGAAGGAAGAGAUCUUCGGCCCAGUUGUCAACAUCAACGUCAUCAAGACCGAAGAAGAAGCUGUCGAGAAGGCGAAUGAUACAGAAUAUGGUCUAUAUGCUGCUGUGUAUACCAAGAAUGUUGACCGGGCUAUGAGGGUUACUCAAAAGCUGAACUCGGGAUACGUGGGUAUCAACUGCACCAGUCCUACGACUGCAAGGGAUUUGCCUUUUGGAGGAUACAAGGCUUCAGGACAAGGGAGGGAAGGGUACUUGUACAGUAUGGAUAACUUCUUGGAGAUCAAGAGUGUGAUGAUGAAGGUCGAAGGUUCAAAAAUUUAA